GAAUGCAGGCGAAAAGUAGCUGAGAUCUAAAAUCGUCAGUCGAACUCUUUCAUCAGUCGAGCUUGUGCAAAUUAAUUUAAUUUUCUGUGCUUUUAUUCUGAAAAUGGAAAAUACCGUAGCUUUGGAUGAUGUGGUGCUAAAUCCAUUGGCUAAUGCCAAUGGCAAGCGCAAUGCAGAGGAAGCCAACAACCUCGAGUCUGCCCCAAAGAAGCCAAGAAUUCGCAAAGGAAAUUCUCAGCGCUGGAACGAUAAGGAGAAUUCAAAUGAGCCUGUAGUGAUAGUUGACGAUCUUCCUGACAAUGGUCAGCAAGAGGCGGAGCGUGUGAAUCAAUCAAAAAUGUUUCGUGCUCGUGUUGCUGGCAAUGUUGGCGCUCAAGCUGAGCAGCGCCUUGCAUCGCGCAUUGGAUCCCGUCGUGAAUCGUGCUGUGGAGGUGGCUAUGGCGGUGGUAGCGGAGAUCACGGUGCUGAUGCUGACGUCGGUCGUUAUUCACACGGAGGCGGUGGUGAUGGCGCGUUCUGA